AGCGAGCGCGGGUGAGCCUCGGCGGCCCGGCCGGGUCUGCGCGCGGCGGCCAUGUCCAUCUUCACCCCCACCAACCAGAUCCGCCUGACCAACGUGGCGGUGGUGCGCAUGAAGCGCGCGGGGAAGCGCUUCGAGAUCGCGUGCUACCGCAACAAAGUGGUCAGCUGGCGCAGCGGCGUCGAGAAGGACCUGGACGAGGUGCUGCAGACGCACUCCGUGUUCGUGAACGUGUCCAAGGGGCAGGUGGCCCGGAAGGAGGACCUGCUGAGCGCGUUCGGGACGGACGACCAGACCGAGGUCUGCAAGCAGAUUUUGAGUAAAGGGGAGGUCCAGGUGUCCGAUAAAGAGCGGCAGACGCAGCUGGAGCAGAUGUUCAGGGACAUCGCAACCAUCGUCGCCGACAAGUGUGUGAACCCUGAGACGAAGAGACCGUACACGGCUCUCCUGAUUGAGAGAGCCAUGAAGGACAUCCACUACUCCGUCAAAGCCAAUAAGAGUACAAAACAGCAGGCUUUGGAGGUGAUAAAGCAGUUAAAGGAGAAAAUGCAGAUCGAACGCGCCCACAUGAGGCUCCGGUUCCUUCUCCCAGUGAACGAAGGGAAGAAGCUGAAAGAAAAGCUCAAGCCCCUGAUCAAGGUCAUAGAGAGCGAGGACUACGGCCAGCAGUUAGAGAUUGUGUGCCUGGUUGACCCGGGCUGCUUCAGGGAAGUCGACGAGCUGAUAAACAAGGCGACGAAGGGCAGAGGUUCCUUGGAAGUGCUCAGCCUGAAAGACGUGGAGGAGGGAGAGGAGAAGCUGCAGUGACGCCCGACAGGCUCCGC